AUGAGCUUCACAGACCUGGAAGAUGUUGAAAUUCAGCAAGAAUCGACUCGAAGAGCUCUUAUCUCCAGCAGGCCUUUUUGGCUUACGAUGUCACGAGUUCUGCAAUUGCUGCUUGCAUUCACCAAUCUCAUUCUGACGGGUUAUGCUGUGUCGAUAUUCGGCGGCGACUUUUUCCAUACUUUUGGAAUCAGCUUCUUAGCUUUCGUGUGGACUGUGGUUUUCAUGCUCUACAUCUUCAUCACCCCAGAACGAGCUCCAAAACUUUAUUUCUACCGAGUCCAUAUUAUUCUUGAGAUUAUCACCACAGCAUUCUGGAUUGUGACUCUCGCUCUUCUCGCCUGGGAAUGCCAAACCUGGGACGCUGCGGAAGAUGUCGUCAACGACAGCCUCACGGAAGCCGAAGCUGCGUUGGUGAACUCAUUGCCUAAUCAGUGGUCUGGUGUUACAGCUUUCCGAGUUGCACUAGCUUUUGCCACCAUGGAGACAAUCCUUUUUUCCACGACUAUGUUCAUAAUAAGACGAUUGCUCAUCCAAUCCUCAGCCGAAUAA